ACGAUCACUUGAACUUUCACGAAAUGGAAACGGAUUCACUACCAAUUUAUCUCCUUUUUGCCAUUUUUGCAUCUUCUUCAAUUCUUGAAGCUUCCAUCAAUGGCGGUGGAUUAAGAUCCAAACAAGAAAACCCGAUUAAAAGAUCCGAUUUCCCGCCUGGGUUUCUAUUCGGAGCAGCCACUUCUGCUUAUCAAGUCGAAGGAGCUUAUCUUGAAGAUGGCAAAUCUCUCAGCAACUGGGAUGUAUUUUGUCAUUCCAAUGGCAAUGGGUGUGGAGAAAACGGCGAGAAUGGAGAUUUUGCAGAUGAUCAUUAUCAUCUGUUUAAAAAAGACAUUGAACUGAUGCAUUCUCUUGGGUUAAAAUCGUAUCGAUUCUCGAUUUCUUGGUCUAGAAUUCUACCAAGAGGGAGAUUUGGUGAAGUUAAUCCUUCGGGAAUCAUGUUCUACAACGAAAUCAUCGAUGAUCUUGUACUCAAAGGAAUCGAGCCAUUCGUGACGAUCCACCAUCAAGAUUUCCCUCAGGAACUCGAACGUAAAUACGGGUCUUGGCUCGACACUCAAAUGCAGGAGGACUUUGUACUUUUUGCUGAAACUUGUUUCAAGAGUUUUGGAGACCGAGUUAAGUACUGGGUGACGAUCAAUGAACCAAACUUGGUUUCAGAAAUGUCUUACGAAAAGGGGACGUAUCCACCGGCUCACUGUUCACAGCCGUUCGGCAACUGUCUUGCCGGCAAUUCCGAUGUCGAGCCUCUUCGAGCUAUGCACAACAUGUUAUUGGCCCAUGGGAAGGCUGCAAAGCUAUAUCAUGAAAGAUUUCAGCCGAAACAAGGUGGAUCGAUAGGAUUAGUUGCACACUGUUUCAUGUAUGAACCACUUACGGACAGCGAUUUCGAUCGAAAAGCUGCAGAAAGAGCCAUGACCUUCAAUAUUGGCUGGUCAUUUGAUCCGCCGAUAUUUGGGGAUUAUCCUCAAGAAAUGCGUGAAUGCCAUGGCAGCGAAUUACCGAGAUUCUCCCCGGAGGAAAAGAAUUUAAUGAAAAACAGUAUUGAUUUCAUUGGAAUCAACCAUUACUCAGCUAUAUAUGCCAAGGAUUGUACCAAUUCUAGCUGCUUAAAUGGUUGUGAUCGUGCAAUCAAAGCUUUCGUGGAAAUCACUGGAGAGCGUGAUGGCCAGCUGAUCGGUGAACCAACAUCGAUGCCAAGAUUUUUUGUCGUUCCUAGAGGUAUGGAAGAAAUCGUGAACUAUGUCAAGACUCGGUACAGUAACCUACCGAUGUUUAUUACCGAAAAUGGGUAUUCGUCACCAAACGUGCAGGAUGUAGAAGUUGAUGAGAUUCUGAACGACAUCAAACGAAUCGAAUUCCACGAAACAUAUCUCGAGUCUUUAGCCAAAGCCAUAAGGAAUGGUGCGGACGUCCGUGGCUACUUUAUAUGGUCAUUAAUGGACAACUAUGAAUGGACGUAUGGCUACAAUGUGAGAUUCGGGUUAUAUUAUGUCGACUACAAAACAUUCGAACGGGUUCCCAAAUUGUCGGCGAGAUGGUAUCAAGAUUUCGUGAAAAACAAUAGCUUGGAUCAUCAUCCACCACUCCGAACCGAUACAUGAUGUUCGAUUUGCGCAAUAUCGUUUGUUAUAUGUUGUGAAUCGUUACCCGUGUUCACAGUGAACGUACGAUUGUUACGUUAUUGUAAUUCUUAUACAACUAUAUAUCGUUUCUUUGGUUUGUUAAAUGAGCAUCGAACAUUAUGUAAAAUGUGCAAAUACUUUUAUUGAUUUGUACCUAA